UUUGCCAUCUGAUCCCCUCGCAGUUGGCUGGGAAGGGGGUUGGAUGAGAUACUGGCUUGUGUUCCUCCCAGGGAUGUAUUAAUAAACCAAAACAGAUCCUCUGUUAUCCUGGAGACGAGAAGCAAUCCAUUAGGGGCUAUGAGAGAAGAGGAGGACGACUCUCUUCAUGUGCGCUAUGUGCUCAGACGUUGCUGGACCAGGAAAAUAAGAACUACAUCAGUUAGCUGCACUUAGACUGACAAUGGACAGCAAAGAGGCCCCAAGCCAGCUGAAACCUACUUGGGGGAUUUUACAGGAGGCCGGUGUUGGGUCUGAAGGGAAUCGCAUACAGGAGGCAGAUUUACAGUUUAGGGACCAGAUGGAGGAAUCUUGGACUGAUACAAAGACGUACACUGAGGGUAUCAAACUGCAGUUCGGAGAUAGCUUGGACCGUGCAGAGGUCCAGCUAGAAGGAGCUGCAGAAGAUCCCAGAGGGUCCCUGGACGACCUGAGCGUCCAGUUUGAAGAAUGCCUACAUGAGCUGGGUACACUGCUUCUGGGGCAGAGUGGAGGCAUGGACAGCCAAAUCGAGGGGUGCCUGGGGGACAUUAGCAUCCAGCUGGAGGAGUGCACACGAGAAUUGGUGGCACAGCUUGAGGACUCGACGGAACGGGAUAGUUGCAGGGGCAACUCCACGACACGGCCAAGCGAUGAGGCAGCCCUGGGGGAAUUGGGUCUCCGGUUCGAGGCAUGCAUCGCACAAGUGGGUGCCCUGGAGCGGCACCGAGACCAGCUGGUGGCCGAGCUGCUGGCGCUGGAGGAGCCAAUGGCACGGGAGGCCCAGGAGCUGAGGGUGGAGCUGGCAAAGGUGUGGCGGCAGCUCACCCAAUCAGAGUUGGAAAGGCGGAGCCUGCGAGGAGAAGUGCUGGGUGUCCGCAAGCGCCUCUUUGCCGUUGUGAGGGAAUGCACCCAGAGUCGGAUCUUCCUGGACACGUUGCAGCGUGAUGUCAAAGAGUCAGUCAUUACGCAGGAGAAACUCCAAGCUGAACUUCUGCAUCUCACUGAGGAGGCGGCCGGACUGCAGCUGGACCAGCAGAACCGCCUCAACGACCUGCAGAGCCGGCUGAGCGGCGUGGAGCCGCCCCCCGAGGCCGGCGAGCUGUCUCAGUGUCGCGAGGCAUCUCGCGCCAUCCAGCAGCAGCUGCAGAGCGGGGUGCAGGCCCUGGAGGAGCUCUACGAGCCCAGGCUCCAGGCCCUGCUGGCACGGAGGCAAGCGAGCGCUGAGGCCACCAGGAGGUGCCGAGAGGAGUCCCGGGAGCUACGGGCACAGCUGAGUCCCCUCAGAGAGGAGGCGCAGAGGCUGGCCCUUCAGAAAGCCUACCUGGAGGAGCGACUGGCGCUGAUGCAGCAGGAGCGGGAGGAGAACCUGGGCCAGUACCGGGAGGUGCUGGAUGCUCUAGAGGAGAACCGGCGACACCUGAAAACAGAGAUCGAAAUUCAGCAAAAGAAAAAUCAGGAUACAGAGAAUGUGAAGAGAGGCCUUGAGGAAGAGCUGGGAACCUACAGGCACGCACCCCUUCAGAAGGCGCUCCCACAGGGGCCAUUACAGGAAUGAAGUCCAAAGAACAGCAGGUCCUGCCAUGAAGGAAGAAACAUGACUUCUGGAACAACUUACACACCCAGAAACAAACGUCGAGUGCAAUUGUUUUGAUUCUUACCCCUUGUGUACCUUUUAUAAUUGUGUACCAUCUUCGCUCAAUGGCAUCACUUUCUAAAUCAGCUAAAGGUUU